AUGGAGGGUCCGGGGCUGGGGGACACGCUGUCCUCCAGAAGCCGCGGCAGCGGCAGGAGCUGGGGUAGCUCCAUCUCGCACUCCUUCCGCCAUCAGGGCCUCCAGGCCGACACCGACGACCCCUUCAGGCGAAGCUCCCGGCGGCAUGAGGAGGGCGACGACGAGGAGAACCUGCGGUGGGCGGCGCUGGAGAAGCUGCCCACGUACGACCGCAUGCGCCGCGCCAUCGUCCUCCACGAGUUCGCCGACGGGGGGCUGGUGGAGAUCGAGCACCUGACCAGCGGGGAGGGCGGCCGCGCGCUGCUGGAGAGGGUGUUCCAGGACGACAGCGAGCGCUUCUUGACGAGCCUGAGGGACCGGGUGGACAGGGUCGGUAUCGAACUCCCGGCCAUUGAAGUACGCUACCAGGAUCUAUCCGUCCAGGUGGACGCCUUCGUUGGGAGCCGAGCUCUUCCCACGCUCUGGAACGUUACCACCAACUUCCUUCAGGGUCUUAUUGGACGACUGGGAUCCUCCAACAAGAAAACCAUCAACAUACUUCGAAACGUCAAUGGCAUCCUCAAACCAUCAAGAAUGACUCUUCUUCUUGGACCUCCUUCUUCAGGAAAGAGCACACUUAUGCGAGCCCUUGCUGGCAAGCUUGACAAAACCCUCAAGGUAUCUGGCAACAUCACAUAUUGUGGUCAUACACUUUCGCAGUUCUACCCCGAGAGGACCAGCGCAUAUGUUAGUCAAUACGAUCUCCACAAUGCGGAGAUGACUGUAAGAGAGACAUUGGAUUUCUCGAGGCGCUGCUUAGGCGUUGGUGCUAGAUAUGACAUGCUUGUAGAGCUCGCUAGGAGGGAGCGUGCUGCUGGCAUAAAGCCAGAUCCUGAGAUUGACGCUUACAUGAAAGCUACUGCGGUGCAAGGAAAACAAACUAAUAUUAUAACCGAUCUUACUCUCAAGGUGCUUGGGCUUGACAUUUGUGCUGAUACCAUGAUCGGUGAUGACAUGAUUAGAGGAAUUUCCGGUGGGCAAAAGAAGCGUGUCACAACUGGGGAAAUGUUAACCGGACCCGCAAGGGCUUUGUUCAUGGAUGAGAUUUCCACUGGUUUGGAUAGUUCUAGCACAUUUCAGAUUGUAAAAUAUGUGAAGCAUUUGGUCCAUGUGAUGAAUGAGACUGUGAUGAUCUCCCUCCUACAACCACCGCCUGAGACAUACAACCUGUUUGAUGACAUAAUUCUGCUAUCAGAAGGUUACAUAGUGUACCAUGGGCCACGUGAGAACAUCUUGGAAUUCUUUGAAUCUUCUGGUUUCCGGUGCCCUGAGAGAAAAGGAAUUGCUGACUUUCUUCAAGAGGUCACUUCCAAGAAAGACCAGCAACAAUACUGGUAUCUUGAAAACGAACAAUAUCGUUAUGUGUCAGUCCCAGAGUUUGCUGAACGUUUCAAGUCAUUCCAUGUAGGCGAGCAGAUGCUCAAGGAGGUGCAAAUCCCUUUUGAAAAAUCCAAAACCCAUCCUGCCGCGUUGACCACCAAGAAGUAUGGCCUAUCUAUGAAGGAGUCACUCAAGGCAGUGAUGUCGAGAGAGGUGUUGUUGAUGAAGCGCAACUCAUUCAUCUACAUCUUCAAGGUCACCCAGCUGAUCAUCCUCGGGCUCAUGGCCAUGACUGUGUUCCUCAGAACAAAGAUGCCCAGUGGGCAGAUUUCUGACGGUACCAAAUUCUUUGGAGCUCUCACUUUCAGUUUAAUCACCAUCUUAUUCAACGGGUUAGCUGAGCUACAACUGACCAUAAAGAUGCUUCCUACAUUCUACAAACAAAGGGAUUUCUUGUUCUUCCCUCCAUGGACCUUUGCAUUGGCAAACCUACUCCUAAAAAUUCCUAUUUCACUUAUGGAGGCUGGGGUAUGGGUCGCCCUCACGUACUAUGUGAUGGGUUUUGCACCUGCUGCAGGAAGGUUCUUUCGUCAACUUCUAGCAUUCUUUGCUACUCACCAAAUGGCAAUGGCUUUGUUCCGAUUUCUUGCUGCUAUUUUUAAGUCAAUGGUUAUGGCCAACAAUUUUGGGAUGUUUGUAAUCCUUCUUAUUUUCAUAUUUGGAGGAUUUCUCAUCCCUAGAGGUGACAUCAGACCUUGGUGGAUUUGGGCUUAUUGGUCAUCUCCUAUGAUGUACAGUCAGAAUGCAAUAUCUGUCAAUGAAUUCCUUGCUAGUAGGUGGGCCAGUCCAAACAACGACAUUUCUAUUGAUGAACCAACAAUAGGAAAGGCUAUUCUUAAAUCAAAAGGCCUUUUUACUAGUGACUCGGGCUUUUGGCUUUCUAUAGGAGCUAUGAUAGGAUUCACUAUUUUGUUCAACAUCUUCUACAUUUUGGCCCUUACAUACCUGAGCCCUAGCGGCAGCUCAAACACACUAGUUUUGGAUGAAGAGAGUGAUAGUGAGAAAAACGUUUCAGUAGGUACUAACGAAGCCACAAAUAGGCCAACUCAUUCAGGAAUUGUGUUGCCCUUCCAGCCUCUUUCACUUUCUUUUAACCAUAUAAACUAUUAUGUGGACAUGCCUGCGGAAAUGAAGGAGCAAGGUUUCGCGGAAAGUCGUCUUCAGUUGCUCACUGAUAUUAGUGGUGCUUUCAGGCCAGGUGUUCUGACAGCAUUAGUUGGGAUGAGUGGAGCUGGGAAGACCACUCUAAUGGAUGUCCUGGCUGGAAGGAAAACCAGUGGAACUAUUGAAGGAAGUAUCACCCUCUCUGGUUACCCUAAAAACCAAGAAACCUUUGCCCGCAUUAGUGGAUAUUGCGAACAAACUGACAUCCAUUCACCCAAUGUUACUGUAUAUGAAUCCAUUCUCUACUCUGCUUGGCUGCGUCUUUCAUCAGAUGUUGACGACAAAACAAGACAGAUGUUUGUGGAGGAAGUCAUGACCCUUGUAGAGCUUGAUGUGUUGCGUAAUGCUAUGGUUGGUCUCCCUGGAGUGGACGGCUUAUCAACUGAACAAAGAAAGAGAUUGACAAUUGCAGUGGAGCUGGUAUCAAAUCCUUCAAUCAUAUUCAUGGAUGAGCCAACUUCAGGGCUUGAUGCUAGAGCAGCAGCAAUUGUCAUGCGGGCAGUGAGAAAUACAGUCAACACCGGGCGUACAGUGGUUUGCACAAUCCAUCAACCUAGCAUCGAUAUAUUCGAGUCAUUUGAUGAUCUUCUACUUUUGAAAAGAGGAGGGCGGGUUAUUUAUGCUGGCGAACUUGGUCGCCACUCUUAUAAACUAGUUGAAUACUUUGAGGCAAUUCCAGGUGUAGCAAAGAUUACAAAAGGAUAUAAUCCUGCAACAUGGAUGCUUGAAGUUAGUUCCCCUCUAGCGGAGGCUCGCUUGGAAAUAAAUUUUGCUGAAAUAUAUGCUAAUUCUCCUCUUUAUAAGGAAAACCAAGAACUUAUUAAGGAAUUGAGUGUUCCCCUGCCAGGAUAUGAGGAUCUCUCAUUUCCUACAAAGUAUUCUCAGAAUUUCUACAACCAAUGUGUUGCAAACUUCUGGAAGCAAUACAAAUCUUAUUGGAAGAAUCCACCCUACAAUGCCAUGCGCUAUCUUAUGACGGUGCUCAAUGGACUUGUAUUUGGCACGGUGUUUUGGCAAAAAGGAACAAAAUUAGAAUCACAACAAGAUUUGUUCAAUCUACUUGGAGCCACUUAUGCUGCUGUCUUCUUCCUUGGGGCUUCCAAUUGCAUCACAGUUCAACCCGUUGUGGCAAUAGAACGAACAGUUUUCUACCGUGAAAAGGCAGCUGGGAUGUACUCUCCAUUAUCCUAUGCAUUAGCUCAGACAAGCGUGGAGAUCAUCUACAAUAUCCUGCAGGGGUGUCUAUACACAAUCCUCAUCUAUUCAAUGAUUGGAUAUGAGUGGAAAGCUGACAAGUUCUUCUAUUUCCUAUUUUUCAUAAUUGCAAGUUUCAACUACUUCACAUUGUUUGGCAUGAUGCUGGUGGCAUUGACCCCAUCUGCGAUGAUCGCAAACAUACUCAUAUCCUUUGUACUCCCUCUUUGGAACCUAUUUGCUGGAUUCCUCAUCGUCAGACCGGCCAUACCAAUUUGGUGGAGGUGGUACUACUGGGCCAACCCAGUGUCCUGGACCAUCUAUGGUGUCGUUGCAUCACAAUUUGGCGAGAACAACAAUUCUCUUUCGAUCCCCGGUGGGAGCCCUACAGUGGUGAAGCAAUUCUUGGACGAUAUUUUGGGUAUCAAGCAUGAUUUCCUUGGCUAUGUAGUGCUAGCCCACUUCGCCUAUGCCAUUGGAUUUUACUUCAUCUUUGGCUACUCCAUUAAGGUUUUGAACUUCCAGAAACGUUAG